AUGCGCCAGAUGACAUGGCUAUCUUGUGGCAACGUCUCUUACGCUUUGGUCGAACAACACACAAAUCUCUACAGGCAAUGCAACGAUAUGACGGAAGGAUAUCGAUGGAAUGCAUCACGCAGUCAACAGCUCUACGCUUCCUCGUGCUACUGGUUUGUUGGCGAUCCAUCUGAAAAAUGGCGAAUUUUGUACACGAAUUGGCCAAUCGACAUUUUCUGCUUUCUCUGCGCUCUCGUUGCAGCAUUGUGUCAAAUGGCAGGCGUCUUCAACAGUCUACAGACCCAAAAGGAGCAGCUGGUCUUCCGCUUUUUGAUAACCACCGUAAUUCUCUACACAAUUUCCAUAUUAAUUACUACCUACAUCAUACACGCAACAAACAUUCGGACACCAACAAAUGAGGCUCAAGCGAUGUACUACUGUGAAAUAGGUUGGAGUCUAAUAUGCGCUUGUAUCGCUGUAGUACUCACCGGAAUUGCUUCAUAUAUCUUCAUCAGAGAACAUCGCUCUGCACGUGAACGACAGGUUAGCAUCCGAAGAAGAAAACAGAUUCACAACGCAAUCAUGUCAUCAUGCCGUGAAGAGGUUGCCAUGGCUAUCAGAGCUCGAAUGACUGUUCUUUGA